AUGACGAGCGAGGCAAACGACGGCGAGACGCGCGCCUUCUUCGCUGAGCGAGACCGCUUCGGGCUGCCGCCCGACCAGCUCCACUUUUUCACGCAGGGCAUGCUGCCCGCCUUCGACGAGCGUGGGCGGAUCCUGCGCUCAUCCGCCUCGCAGCUCGCCCUCUCGCCAAACGGCAACGGCGGCGUCUACCUCUCCCUGCAAGAGGCGGGGCUGCUCGAGGAGAUGAGCCGGCGCGGCGUCACGUCCGUCUUCCAGGCCCCCCAUCCAUACCCCGCCCCAUCUGGUAUUUUUGGCGUCGACAACGUGCUCUGCCAUGUUGCUGACCCGACCUUUGUCGGCUUCUGCUCGCUGCGUGGCGCCGACUGCGGCGUCAAGACCAUCGCCAAGGCGGCGCCCUCAGCGGACCCACACGAGAAGGUUGGCGUGCUGGCCUCGGUGGGCGGCAAGCCCCACGUCGUGGAGUAUUCCGAAAUCUCCACCGAGAUGGCGGAGGCCACUCGCGAGGCGUCCCGACGCAGCACUGCGCUGUCCGGCUCGGGCACGCGGCUGCUCUACGGCGCCGCACACAUCUGCGUCAACUGGUUCAGCCUCCCGUUUCUGCGCGCCUUCGCCGCCGGCGCCUUGGGCGAGGAGGGGAGCGCGUCGCUGCCGCUGCACGUUGCUCGUAAGAAGGUCCCCUGCCUCGACCCAGACAAGGGCGGAGGCAGCGUGCCGCUGCAACCGUCGGAACCAAACGCCAUCAAGCUUGAGCUCUUCAUUUUUGACACUUUCCCGCACGCCGCCAAGCUAGUGGCGCUGCAGGUGCCACGCGAGCACGAGUUUGCGCCAGUGAAGAACGCGCCGGGCGCUGCGAGCGAUAGCCCCGACACGGCGUGCGCCGCUUUCUCUCGCCUGUGCGUUGACCGCUUAGUCGCAGCCGGUGGGACGGUCAAGGCGCCGCGACCAUGCGUCGCCGCCAAUAGCGGCAAUGGGUCUCGCCCUCGCCCGCUGCUGGAAAUCUCGCCCCUCGUGUCCUAUGCGGGCGAGGGUCUGGAAGAGCGGGUCGCGGGCCGCGAGUUUGAGCUGCCGCAGCAUCUGUGCUGA